AUGGAUAACCCGAGGAAUGACUCCGAGGUCGCUGUUGAUACCGAGGCGAUCGACGGAGCUCAGGAAGACACGGCGCUGGUUGGGGCCAAGCCCUUUGACGUUUUAUCGACACAAGUCCCCGAGGCGGCAGGGACCUCGGCUAUCGUUGCUCUAGGUGCCGAGGCGAAGGCUAAGGCGAAGGUUAAGAGGCCCCGAGGUGAUAGCUCGGGAGGCCGUAGGAAGGAGAAGAGGAGCCGUAAUGAGGCUCCCAUCUACAAGGAUAAGAUAGCCUCUGCUAAUCUUAUCGCUUCUUGUUCGGGUCCGACCCUAGCUGCGCCCGAGGCCUUGCUGGAGGCUGAAAAUUACCGCAAAACCGCUACGGGAUUCCUGACGGCGGAGGUCAGGAUUGCUGAGGCCGAUGCCAGGAUCGUCGAGGCAGAUGCCAAGAAUGCCGAGGCGGAGGCCAAGAUUGCCGAGGCAGAUGAGGCCAGGCGGAAAGCCGAAGCGUUGGCCAAGGCAGAGAAGGUCGAGCGGUUGAAGACGGCCGAGGAUGGUCUUCGCCUUCGUCGGAAAUUGGAGGCUGAAGUCGAACGCUUGAACCGGCUAUUCACCGAGGAGAAGUCUCUUAGGGAGAAGGAAGUAGGUCGGGAGAGGAAAGCGGCUAAAAAUGAGUUCGCCAAGAAGAUUGAGAUUGCCGAUCUUGAAGGCGGCAAAAAUGUCGAAGAUGAGAAGGAGGAAGUACUCCAGUGGAAAGCGGAGUAUGGAGAUGCUGAGGAAGAGUUUGUGCGGAUUGGAACCGAGCUGCGAGAGGAUCUGAGGCUUCCUCCGGCUUCUCCAGAUUCUGUUGAAGAUAGUUUCGGAAACAGGUCAAUCGAGGGAGUUGCCGCGGGGAUUGGCAUUACGGAUCAGGCGGGCACGAAUCUGAGUUCCGAAGCCGCACAUGUUCCGGAGGAGCAGGACGAGUAG